GGCGACUGCGCAGCCGGGACGCUGGCCCGCGACCAAAAGCGGCGGCCGCCGUGCGUGUUUUGAGUCGGAGAUCGCGAGAGGCCAGAAAUACCAAAAUAAGAGGGCUGCGGCGAGGAUGAACGGCGAGAAGGUGGCGAUGGGCGAGCCCCCAGGCGGAGGCCCGGGCGCCCCGCAGACCGUGGUCAGCCACACAGACGUGAAGCUGGCCGGCGAGGAGUCCAAGGAGCGGAUGUACGAGAGCAAGCACCACAAGAAGGUGGUGCGGGUGCUGACCGUGUUCGCGUACGUGCUCUCCGUCUCGAUGGCGGCCAUCAUGCUCUCCCUCUACUACGUCUUCCUCUGGGACCCCAGCUCGACGCGCAAUAUCACCGAGAGGGCCACCAUGCCGCUCUCCAGGCCCACCAGGUGCCCCAACCUGCCGCACGGCGUCGACGCCCUGCCCGCCGCCGGCGACCUACCCCUGCCAACCACGCCGUCAGAACGCAACUACCCUUACGAAGAGGACGAUGAAAAUGGACCUGUGGAGCCACCACGAGCUCUGCCCCGCGCGCCGCCCAAGACGCCGGCGGCCGGCACCACGGUGGAGCCGGUGGCACCGUCCGAAGACCCCAAGUUGCAACAGGCGACCCCGAGCGCCGCGUAGCAGGGACCGCGUGGGCCCACGGCCCCUACCUAAGCCCAGGGCAGCCCUUGAGAGGGCGGGAGUCGUUUGCCGGGCCGGCUGCGGGCGGAUCGACGCCAACAAUUCUGCUCCUGCCGCGAGAGGGUCGCGCGUUUCAACCAACCAAUUUAAUACACAAAAUAUCAUCUCAUAUUCGUUUCUAAUCGAAAGUCGAACAGAGAGGCGCCAACAAUUCGAUGGUAUUUUUGAGAAUUUCUGCUUAGAAUCUUUGACGCUUUGUCUGGGAAACCUUGAAAAUCGGUAUGGGCUCAUUUUUGAUGCGAGAAUUAAAAAUUCGAUUGCCAAACGAUUUUCCUGCGCUCCUGAGAAGUAUGAAAUAAAUAAAUAAAAAAUGUCCAACAUGCAAUGCUGCGCCUCUCUGUUUUUAUUGCUUUUAAACGAUACAAAAUGAUAUUAGUAAACAUGUUCAUAUGAGAGGUGCUUGGGCGGGAAGACACGAAACUACUCAUUAAAUGUGAUGACGAGCGAUAAUUGAAUUUUAUGCGUAUUAUAAUAUAUGAAUUGUGUUGAUUAUUAGUAAACAGAAGCUGUUAUUGCGCUAAUAUGAUUGAGAUUUCUAUUGUAAAUGAUAAUUGGCUGUUGAGAGAUUAAUCGCAAAGGUGUUAUAUUGCUGACAUCAGUUUGUGAAAAACUAUGAAUUUUACAGGAGAACAUUAUGUACAGAUGUUAUUAUGCAUUGCCAAUAAUUAAAUAAUAAUCUCUUCUUAGGGUCGAUUUUCAUCCGUACCUCUCUCAGCUACUUACCAAAAAUAAACAUUAGAGAGAUUUACUGUUAAUCGGAAAAGUAGGCGAUUUAAGGUUGGCCAUAAGUUUACCGAAAAGUGAAAUCUGUUAGGCAUAAUUUCUACUGAUCUCCUCUUGUACCCUUUUAUCUUUUUAACUCGCUCCAACGGCGCAUUUUAACUUUUUCAUUUGGCUUUAAUAAUAGGUGUACGAAAAACAAAUUUUACAACAUUGUACUUGUCCAGCCAUUUUCUUCCAGUAAUAAAAAUAUCAUCAACACGACGAGCAACGGGCUUUUUAUAUGAACAAAUACACACGCAGAAAAUGGAUGGAGAGAAUAUUAAAAAAAAUGUGUGUGUUUCUCCUUUAGGGAAUUUUAAUAAUGUUGAUUAAAAUUCCGUGUUGGACUGUGUGCAAUUUGUUAUACUGGCGGAGAGUUGCUGAAACGCAAUUCUCUCGCAGAGAUUGCUUUUGAAUUUGGUUUCUCCCCCGCUCCCGUUCAGCAGUUUCAAUCAAUUUGCCGACAAAACACACCGUGCUGUGCAAACUGUGUAAUUUAAGUUGGAAUAUAAUAAUAAAACUCUGUGUAGAUGGACGAAUUAACACGUG